UCCUCCCAUUGUCUCCUAGUUUUUUUCCUCAAGCUAGUAUGCUGACUGUUCAAAUCUCUCCAUUUUGUCUGAUCUGAGAGGCUGUACAGCUGUCCAAAAAUGGCUGUACGUUUGUUUGAGGAUAAAGAACAUGCAGCCUUAUACAGGAAGUACCGAAUUUCUCCUUCUGAAGAGCUCAUCGGCAAGGUUCUACAAUUCCACAAGAGUAAUAAAGAUUCAUCCAAUAACCUGGCAGUAGAUGUUGGUUGUGGGUCAGGGCAGGGAACAUUGCUCUUAGGACCACAUUUUACUCAUGUGGUGGGAACAGACAUCAGUCCAGCUCAACUGGAGAUGGCGAGGAAACAUGUCAACGUUCCAAAUGUUUCUUACCGGGAGAGUCCAGCUGAAGAACUGCCUUUUGAAGAUGGCUCUGUAGAUCUUGUGACGACCAUGUCUGCAUUCCACUGGUUUGACCAUUCGCGUUUUCUUCAGGAGGCUCACAGAGUGCUUAAGCCUCAUGGCUGCCUUGCACUUCUCAACUACACCAUGGAUAUGGAGCUGAGCUAUGGAGACUGCUCAGAGACUUUAAACCACAUCUGUAAUGAGUUUUAUGCAGCCCUACAGCCUUUCCGGAACCCUUACCUGGGUCCCAGCUCCCUCGAACUUUACAAGAAAACUUACGACUCUCUCCAGUACCCAGUCAAAGAAUGGCAUGAGAAUUUUUGGGUGAGGAAGACUACACCUCUCUCUGGCUACAUCGGCAUGGUGGAGUCUUUCUCCGCUUUCCAGGCACUAUUAAAAAAAGAUCCAGAAGAGGCCAGACGACUCUCACAGGACAUUGAAAAAAGACUGUUGUGUGCAAUGGACGUGACAUCCUCGGAGACAGAAGUUAUCAUGGGAAUCAAAUACUUCUAUUGUCUAGCCUGCAAGCCAGCAAAAGACUGAUUUUCUUUAAAUCUUCAUUUAAAUGAUUAGUAUGAUUAGUAUUAUUCAUUAAUAUUCCUAAUGUGAUCAAUUAACUGCUUAGUCGUGGGUCUCUCCCUCAGCUCCGGGCUCCAGGCUCAAGUAUAAAAAAUACUUUCAUAAUGCAUUAUAUUUAAAGGCUAUAAGUAAAGUGUUACCAGUAGUUUCUUUACACUUUCAGUACACAUGGGAUCUUAAUCAUUAUUUUCAAAAUUAGUUUCAAAAUGAGUUCAAAAUUUCAAAAAGUAGUUUUUACAAAUAUAAUUUUUUGUUAAUAUUGAUUUUUGAAAUGUAAUUUAAUAAAAAUCUAAUACUAGAAGAAGAUGUGUAUUCAGGUCAUUGUCUUUAUGAAUUGUAUAUUUAAUGUGUUUUUGAAUAAAUUACUAAACCAAGACAGAAA